AUGUCUGGCUUGCGGUUUAAGCUUACCAAGAAGUCGUUGUUUUAUCUCUGCGUGUACGUCGUAUUCUGUUGGAUUUUUUUCCACGCCGAAGUGGCCCUGCUGACGCCCAUGUUCAGUGAGUCGCAAUUGUUUUUUAAUAAAUAUCUGCUACGCAUUCCGGGUUGUUCGCUUCCGCUCUACGACUCGUACCACUGGACCCUCGGCCUGUCGCUGUCCGAAGACGUGCCGUACGAACGGUCGUGCUCGGGCCAAGAGCCUGAUAUUCUUGCCCAGCACUUCGGUCGGAUCGUCAUGAACGCCAGUGCGCUUCGACGCCUUUACAACGUGUCCGAGCUGGACACUAAGUGUUACUACCGCGAAGUAUUUCGAAACGAAAGUGCUCCGGGGCCCGACAACGCGCCAGUGCUCGGACCACAUGUGCCAUUGAAACUAGGGGAUAGGCUUAACGCUGAAUACGUGCAAGUGAUGUGCGAGGCACACGAUAAACCUCUCUUCAAGGAGUACUUUCUUCUGCCACUGUCAAAGCCCCUUGCCACAGUUAAUAGCGACGCGAACGAAGAAAAGCCAGCACGGAACGAAAAGCCGAUAAGCGUUUUGAUUCUCGGGAUUGACUCGACGUCCAGGAUGAACUUCCAUCGUCACAUGGUCAAGACGGGCAGAUAUCUUGAGGCAGAACUGAAUGCGUUCGAGUUUAUCGCUCUCAACAAGGUGGAUGACAACUCCUUUCCUAAUCUUAUACCUCUUCUUACGGGAAUGUCCGGCUCCGAAGCAGAAAGUGUGUACAGACGAUAUGGAAAAUUCGAUCAACUCCCGCUUAUUUGGAAGGAAUACAAGCUGCGUGGUUAUACGACGCUGUACAUGGAAGAAUGGCCGUUCGCAGGAAUUUUCGUUUACCCAACUUUUGUCGGUCUUAUGAAAGUGCCUACCGAUUACUACCCAACUUCUAUCCUUCGAAUGAUGGACGAUGGAGACUUGCAAAAAAUGGAGUGCAUGGGUGCUCGGUUGAAGACGAAAGUACUGGUUAAUUACUUAGCUGACAUACUGAAGCUCAAUCACGAGAGGCCAAUGUUCUCGUUCGUCUGGCUCUCGUACGUCACUCACAAUAACGUGAAUGGGCUGCAGCUCUUGGAUGAUACGCUGGAGCGUUUUCUCAGAGAAUCGGCAACUUACGGCGUUUUGAAAAACACCGCUCUGCUGUUCAUGAGCGACCACGGCAUGCGCAUGGGCCGCAUGAGCGCGACUGAGAUCGGUCGCUAUGAAAACAAGAACCCGUUCUGUUUCCUGGCGCUACCGAAACGCUUUCUGGCUGAUAACCCGAUGGUCGCUGCCCAUCUAGAAGUGAAUCAGCGUCGCCUAAUCACCAAUUACGACCUGCACGCCACGCUGAUUUCCCUCUCCGAAUGGCCCAAGUUUGGCACCAACUCGACGGACAAGGGUUUGAGUCUGUUUGGCCCCAUCCCACCGGAGAGGACGUGCGCGGACGCUUUCAUACCACGCCACUUUUGCGCGUGUCUUGACGAUAGCCGGAGUGUUAACGAUCCCAAGGUUUCGUUAAAUUUCGCAUGGCACGCUGUGGAUUACAUCAACGCUUUGGCCAAGGUACACUUCGGGGAAAGCUGCGUUGUCUGGAAGCUUGGUACAGUAGACCGCGCCUGGAUGCUCGCAGGCUUCGCGGAUGAUGCGGUGCAGCUCCGAGUGCAGAUUACCACCGUGCCAAAUGCGGUCUUCGAAGUGUACGGCACGCUUGGGAACCUUUCCUCAUCAGUGAAGAGCGUGGACUUGGUACUGAGGUUGGACAAGUACGCUAACCAAACCACUUGCCUGCCCAGGAGCAAGUGGCAGAAGGUUUGUAUGUGCAAGUCGUAUUUGCUGACCUCGACGACGCGGGAAACGUUUCCAUUUGGCCUCGGAUUGUGGUAG